AAUUUACUGGCAGAUUGUUUUGCUAGGCCACAACAAUCUAAUGGAAAAAGAGUAAAUACAGUACUAGUGACUUCAUGUGCAUUUUAUAACCUACAAACAGCAUGCCAUCAACUGAAGACGCCUAUUAUCAUGAGCUAGAAUAUAUCAAUUAUUAAUACAACCACAACAAAAACAUUGGAGAGUAAGUUUUUAAUAAUCAUUAGAGCUUAUGGGUAGACGAGGAGAUGGCCAAUAUUAAUUUCCCCAAGUAAAACAGUCUCAUAGGUCCUCCAAUCGGAGGUGGCGCUGUGGGACAAAUUGUUGUUUAACACCGCUGUCAUUCCCAUCAUACUAACGUUCACCGUGUUGUUGAAUGUUCUACAUUUUGGUUUUAGUUAUAUUUUACACGACUGUAACCCUCAUAACAUUCAGCUACAUUAACAAUCCUACAUUUAGCCCAGAACGGAAGCGGGUUUUUUUUGUAAGGCGUUGCUCAAUUCGUUUACCUCGGUGUAGUGAGCUGGCUCUCGUUUACCUGAGUGGAGUUAGCAGGCUUUCGUCGUGACCUUUUCCCAACUGCUCAGAUGGACGUCAAGGAGGAAACGAUGGCGGCGUUCGAACUCUUUGACGCCAGGAAGCAAGCAAGUACAAUCGAAGUGGCCGAGCUCCCUCAAGCCUCUGUCCUGGUGCCUCUGUUUGUGAGGAGCGGGAAGAUACACACCCUGAUGACCCAGCGCUCGGAGCAGGUAACCGCAACGUACUCUGGACCCAAGCUGAGGGUGGGUGCGGGCGAGGUGUGUUUCCCUGGCGGCAAGCGAGACCCCAGUGACAAAGAUGAAGUGCACACGGCCUUGAGAGAGGCUCACGAGGAGAUCGGCCUUCUUCCAGGUGACGUCCAUGUCACCUGCAAACUGCUACCCAUCAUUUCAAAGAACGCCAUUAUAGUGACUCCGGUUGUGGGCUUCAUCCCAGAUUCGUUCCGCGCCCAUCCCAGCCCUGCAGAGGUGAGUGCCGUUUUCACAGUUCCGCUGGACUUGUUCAUUGGACCCACCGCCUCUCCCAAGGCUACAUUGGUGCCGUCGCUUUCCUUUGACUUUGUGGAGCCCCACACGGGAGCCAGGUAUCACAUUUGGGGCCUGACCGCCAUGGUGGCCUUUGUGGUCGCCAGCAUCGCUCUCAAGACCAAAGCCAAGGGUCAUGAGACUUUUAACGCUGAGGGCUUGAUGUCCAUGCUCAGGCAGCGUUUAGAACAAAGAACGAGGACACCAAGUAAAUUGUGACUCGUCAUUUCAUUGGACUGAAGAUUGGGAUUUCUACAAAGGACAACUGGGUUUUGUUUGUAUUAUAUAAAUAUAUAUUUGAUUUGUGUUUUAUUAUUAGAAGCAAACACAUGUAACUUUUCAAAAGUGAAGUUGUGAUAUUUUGAAAAAGUUGUACUGAAAUGUGACUAAAGUGAAAGCCAUUUUCUCAAUUUGAGGAGUUGUGAGAAUAGAUGCUUUGUGGCAGUGCAGUAUGUUUAAUAUCAUUUUCAUAAAUAAAUGAAUACGACUUACACUUUUUGGGGGUGUAUUUGAACAAUUUUUCAUUUUCUUCAAACAAAUUAAUAGUUUAACAUAAUUGCUUGUCAUUUUUGGAGUGUUGUUGCGUGGGAGGGUGAAGGGGGGGUCUAUCUGCCUCCCUUCACCAUUCGUGUAUGACCGUGACCUGGAUGCCCGAGAACCUACACGCACAAAAACAAAAUGUUUUUGCAAAAAUGUUUUUAAAAAAUGUGGGAUGGACAAUGAAAAAAAAAACCCAAUGUGUUAUUUUUUCACUUUUAUUAAUUUAAUGUAGCAGCAGGAUUAGAUACAAACUGAAGAGAGUAUACAAAUGUCCAGACCAAGGCAAAGUACAUAAUGAUAAUUCAAAUGAAUGAUAACACACUGAGGGGGCUUGACCAUUAUCCCUAAAUGCAGGGCUGUAAGACUAAAUAUAUACUACACACACGCGCACGCACACACAAAACAAGAGUGACAAAGCAAACUGAGGGUAAGCUCCUUUUGACUACAACAGUACAACAUACGGCUCACGUUAUUGGCAAUGAACAGUAACUUUUUUUUUUUGCCUUUCACAGCAACAGUCGAGUAAAUGCAGAGAAGCACGGCAGCACAAAAACACCCUUGCAAGGAAACAAAUCGCCAUUAUGUCGUCCCUUUUAAAAAAAACAAAUCUCACGAGGCACCCCAAAAUAGAAUGAUAUCAUGCAACGGUUGUUCAAAAAUACAAACAACCAGUAUGGGCUGUAGUUUUGAG